AUGUCUGCUCCAGCUGAAAAACAACCAUUGCCAUUCUUCUACAACUUCUUGGCAGGUGCCAUUGCAGGUGUCUCCGAAAUUAUUGUCAUGUAUCCAUUGGAUGUGAUCAAAACCAGACAACAAUUGGAUUCUACCGGUCAAUACAAGGGAACUUUGGACUGUUUAAAGAAGAUCGUUAAAGAAGAAGGUUUCUCUAGAUUAUAUAAAGGUAUCGCAGCUCCAAUUUUAAUGGAAGCUCCAAAGAGAGCUACUAAGUUUGCUGCUAAUGAUGAAUGGGGGAAAUUUUACAGGAAACAAUUUGAAGUCAAGACCAUGACUCAGCCAUUGGCAGUUUUGACUGGUGCUACUGCCGGUGCCACUGAAUCCUUGGUAGUUGUUCCAUUUGAAUUGGUUAAAAUUAGAUUACAAGACAAGACCACCAAGUUUAAUGGUAUGGGUGAAGUUGUUAAACAUAUUGUCAAGGAAAACGGGCUUUUAGGAUUAUAUAAAGGUACUGAAAGUACUGCCUGGAGACAUAUUUGGUGGAAUGCUGGUUAUUUCGGAUGUAUUCAUCAAUUGAGAUCUCUUUUCCCUAAGCCAAAGGAUGCUACUGAAAAGACCUUAAUUGAUUUAACUUGUGGGGCUAUUGGUGGUACUGUUGGUACUAUUUUGAAUACUCCAUUCGAUGUGGUCAAGUCUAGAAUUCAAGCUGGUUCUACUAAGUAUAAAUGGACUUAUCCAUCUUUAGCCAUUGUUGCUAAGGAAGAAGGAUUUGGUGCAUUAUAUAAGGGUUUCAUUCCUAAGGUGUUGAGAUUAGGUCCAGGUGGUGGUAUCUUGUUAGUUGUGUUUACUGCCUGUAUGGACUUUUUCAGAACCGUCCAUGAAGGUAAAUAG